AUGACGCGCGAGACCGCGAUUCUACAUAACGAUCAGGUCCCGAACAUGUCGGAGCCCAACCACCCUCCGCUGACCACCUCCCUACCGCCGGCCCACGGGCUCAACAGCUCUGUCGCUCACGUCAAGACUGCGCCGUCCGAAGACGGCCCGUUCCGCCUCGCGGGAAAGGACCUUUCUGCCCUCCACAAGCUCACGACCGACUUUCAGUUCAAGCUCGCGAUCGAGAACAACUCGCCUUCCUCGAGCGGAAACUAUACAUCGACCGAUUCUCCAGGUAGCGUCGUCUCUCUUCCCGGGCUUCUCCCCUCUCUUCCUAUUGCCAUCGGCGGCGCACUGCCCAACUCUCCGCCAACCACCCCAACCGACCUGGAAUCACGGUCACCUUCCAUGCCCAAACUUUCCCCGACGUUCCUGGACGACAUCCCCGUGCUCGAGACGCACAUCCCCGACGACCUCCUCCCCGACGAACUCCUCGUGCACGACGACGACCCGCUCCCGCUCCGCUACGUCCGCGUCGAGCCGCACUCGCUCUUCCUCGCGCCCGGCGCCGCCCCCGCCCUCGCGCGCGACCCCGCGUCGCCGCCCAAGCCCGCCGCGCGCCUCUACCUCACCGCCGCCUCGCGCAUCGCCGCCCCCGGCGCGCACGCGCGCUCGAGCGUCUUCCGCGCCGCACUCUCCCUCCCCCUCCCCCUCCACUCGUGCUCCCCUCCGCCGGACUCGGACUCGGACGACGGCGGACCCUUCGACGAGACGGCGUACACGACCGCGCGCGUCGUCGCGAAGACGCCCGGGCCGGCGUGCAGCGCGCACGCGCAGCUCGCGCGCGAGGCGCGCCUGUACGACGCGCUGCCCGCGCGGCUGACGGAGCGCCACACGGUGCUGCUCAACGGCGCGCGCGAGCCGGUCGCGAUCGUCGAGCACGAGCGCGGCAGCCAGAUGGUGCUCGAGGAGGACGUCGUGCUCGUCGAGCGGCACACCGCGCGCGCGCUGCUGCGGCGCGCCGCGACGCAGAAGGAGCGCGCGGCGGCCGAGGCGCCGCCGCAGAAGGGGCUUAGGAAGAUGCUGAGCGGGCUGGUCAGGCGCGGGAAGGCGGGCAGGGCGGCGGUGGAGGGGAAGGCGGCGGUGCCGGGCGUGCCGGAGGGGCAUACGACGUUCGCGUUCGGCGCGGUCGCGCCGAAGUUCUUUGGGUACUACCUCCCGCUCAAGCAGGACGGGGAGAUCUGGUGGGAGACGCACCCGGGGUGCACGGUCGAGGGCGGGUGCGAGGUGCGCUGGCCGGCGCCGAUCCUCCUGAUGGAAGACUGCGGGGAGCCGGUCGAGCAUUUCCUGGGGGAGCUCACGCUCGAGCAGAGCCUUCGCUCUCGUUCCCGCCGAUCCGCCGUCUUCGUGCUGAUCGUUAUCGUCGUCCUCUACCGCAGGAAGGAGUGCUUCUCGCUCUUCAAGUACCUGCACGACGCCGGCUUCGCGAACCUCUCCGCGAACCCGUACGACAUCCUCGUGCAACCCGGGCCGCUCGGUGUGCCGUCCGCGCAGCGGUCUCUGCGCGCGCCGAGCUUCCGCAUCGUCGACUUCGGCCGCGCCGAGGCCCGGGCGAGCAGGCGGACGAACGCGGACGAGUUCGAGGAGUUCUGCAACCAGGACUUUGAGUAUGCCUGGAGCACGCUCGGGCUCCCGGCUGACGGGGAGCAGUUAUAG